CACUUUAUAUUUAUACAAACCCGUCACUGAAUUUACCAUCGGUCCCUCCGCCCAUUAACCCAAUCAUUUGCCUUUUGUUUUUCUGCCUCGCGGUCACUAAUUGGUUAACAGGGAGGGUGACGGCUUCUCUCACAAAUCUGAUUGUAAACUUAUCCACGGUCCCUAACUCCCACCAUUCCUCAACCCGCCCCCAGGUCCAUUCAGCCAACCAGGGAAACUAUAUCUUUGCGUUCCGCGCCUGCGUGCUCAGCGGGUGAGUUUACGUUCAACCCCGCUCUUCGUUCAGCCAAUGAGUGAGGGUGUUCCGCCCCCUCCUGCUCCUCUAUAGACAAUUAGAGUGGGAAGCAGGAGCAGAUCAGUACGUGAUAGAGACUUCCGUUUGGUUGGCAGGGGAGCACUGGGUUCUUACUGGCUGUCUGUAUCCCGUCUAAUGUCCUCUUAGCCAAUGAGUGAGGGUGUCCCGCCCCAUCACGCACAGCUUCAGACAAAGACCUGGGAAGCAGGAGCAGGUCCAGGUCCGUAAGUGAUAGAAGCUGAACUGACACUAUCAGGUUUGGUUGGCAGCGCACACAGUUUCUGUCGCUCCCUUUCCCAAGGGUUGGGAAGUAGGAAACAGAAACCAGACUGACACUAUAAGGGUUGGUUGACAGGACACACUGUUAGUUUCUAUCCUUCUCUCAGCCAAUAGAUGAGUGUCCCACCUCCUCCCUUUUAUCCAAUAAAGUCGUGUGUCACUCCCCCUCAACUCCUAGCCAAUGAUUGAGGCUCCCGCCCCUCCUACACAUCUUUAGGCAGUACAGCAAUUCUCCCCACAGAGCUGGGAAGCAGGAGCAGGUCCGUGAGGGGCAGAGGUUGUGCUGACACUAUCAGGCUUGGUUGGCAGGGCACAGUGGGUGCUGUUGUUUCUUGUGGAGCCAUUGUGUGUGUGUGUGUAUCAUUAGGCCAGGGAGUGUCACAGAGUGUGGCCUGUGUCAUUAUCCUGUAGUGAGUACAAGACUGUGAAUAUGAAGAUAAGAGAGAUGUUACAGUUGAUCUGGGAGGAACAUUAUGUUAUAAUAAUGCGACAAGCAAGACUGAGAGAUUUCCAUCUGCACAAACAUUUUCUUCUUCAGCCACAAAAUCUGUAAUAUCUCCAUCUGUGCAUCCCACACCAGCAAAUGAUAUUAAAGGGGAAGUGACUUCACGUGUAGGAGGAAACCAAUCAGAUUGCAGCAUUAAUCCCCUUACAGAACAGAUACAUUCAAUUCUGCAAUGGGGUGCAGCCUGAAUAACCACCUGGCAGAUAAACUCCUAUCAAAAAACAUUAAAGAAGAACGAGCAUCAUGGGAACGGGGAAUCCAUUCCAAUGGCAGAAUCAAUCCAAUGAUAGAACAGAUAUAUAAUACAGACAAUCCUACUCCAAGGUGCACCCUAAAUAACAACCCAUCCACAAAAUAUAGACCAUUUAGUUUUGAAGAUGUCCCAGGUUUGUGGGGUGGAGGAAGCCGUACAGACUGUAUCAUAGAUCCACUCACAGAGCAGAUAUGGGGGGCAGGUCUAUCUGCGAUCGUGGGUAACAGGUUACACAACAAUCUGCCAGAAAUGAAACACAUUAAAUAUGGUAAGAAUCCUGCUAAUAAAUCCGCACAUUCAUCUCUUCUGAUGAGACACGGCAUGCAGCUGAUGUAUAACUGCACUAAAUGCCACAAGAGAUUUAGCAGGAAGAGCAACCUUGAUAGACAUCAAAGAACCCACACGGGGGAGAAACGAUAUUCAUGUGUCGAAUGCAACAGGUCUUUUACGUGUCACUCCAACCUGAAAGCACAUGAGAGGAGUUACAUGGGAGAGAAAUCGUUUUCUUGCCCCGAAUGUGGGAAAUGUUUUACUCGUCGCCCACAUCUGAGGCGGCACUUUAAAAUUCACACAGGAGACAAACCAUUUGCUUGCGAGGAAUGUGGGAAAUGCUUCUCGCGGAGAUCCCUCCUUAACCUGCAUCACAGAACCCACACGGGGGAGAAACCAUUUGCCUGUUCUGAAUGCAGAAAAGGUUUCAAACAAUGUUCCGAGCUUAACGUCCACUUGAGGAUUCGCAAAGCAGAGAAACCCUAUAUGUGUUCAAAGUGCGGAAAGUGCUUCUCCCAGUCGUCAAGGAGUCACACAGGGGAGAAACCAUUCUCAUGUUCUGUAUGCGGGAAAUGCUUCACAAGUCGCUCUCACUGCAACGUGCAUUACAGAAUUCACACCGGGGAGAAACCAUUCUCUUGUUUUGAGUGUGGCCAAUGUUUCACACAGAGCUCGAACCUCAACAAACAUCUGAGGCGGCAUCUGGCAAAGAAGACUUUUCAUCUGGAGCGAAUGUUGAAGACUAUUUCAGUUACUUGCCGGACAUUUCAUGUAUUGCACAGGAAAAAAGUACAGACAGUACAAGUUUUGUCUCAUGUGGAAGAUCUCAGAUCCUAGAAGAGACAAACUGCGAUUUUAGGGUGAAAUAAAGAGAGGGUGAUAAGGUGCACAAACUUGAUGGGAGGAAAGAGUAGGAGGUGGUUACUCCUAUAGCACUGUGUACUUACAGCAUGGAUGGGAAGAAGGUUCUGGUGGUACAGUAGCCCAUUAACCUGCCUGUAUGAUUUGGGGUGUGGGAGGCAACUAGAGUACCCCAGAUGCAGAGAGAACCCACAAACUCCUUGAAAAUAGCAUUCUGAAAUUGGACCUGGGACCCCAGUGGUGAAAGGCUUACUAAUGCACUAUGUGCUUCUCUGUUAUCACACACAGUUGUAUAGUGACUCAACUAGGGACAGAGACUGAGUUGCACGUCCAACACAAGGGUUAAGACAUUGGGCAAGGAGCAAGUUCUGGGGCUACAGGCUUGUAUAGUAGCCAUAGGAAAAAUGCACAUGCCCUGAAAAUAUAAUUCAGUGAGGUGUUUGGUUGUGUUUAGCUAAUUAUCAGUAGCCCUACUAGACUUAGCACUGUCCUAUCUAUCUAUCUAUCUAUCUAUCUAUCUAUCUAUCUAUCUAUCUAUCUAUCUAUCUAUCUAUCUAUCUAUCUGUGUAUCUAUCCAUCUAUCUAUGUAUAGAUAUGUGUAUGUCAGUCACAUUGGGUUGGUGUCUCUCUCUGGGCAUCACUUAAUAUCACUUAUUGGGCAGUUUCAGCCACAGAGUGAAGUAAAGCGUUUAGGGAAGUUCUCUGCUUAUGUCUAUGAGAAGUGGGCAGGGAGCAGUGCCAUACAGUAGGAGCAGGAGAGUAACACCACACAGGAAAAAUUGUCUCAAGCUCAUCCUAUAGGGCAUUUUUAAAAACAUUUUUUUAUUUUUAUAUAUCAAACACUUUAUACAGAGUCUGCCGUCAGUAUGAGAUUUUGCUUCACAUGAAGGCAGUGCUACGCAGUUAUUGCCUGUAAUUACUGUUCUAUUUGCAUCAAUAAAGAGGGGAAUGGAUACAAUUGCA